AUGACAAGGAUCUCAGUGUCUGGAAUCCUCGUUGCUUUUAUCUUCACCUUCUGCACCAGUACGGGACAGGAAAUAGGCAACACUUUCACAGAGAAAGGUCUCUCCUUGCUGGGCUACCAUUUAUGCAAUUAUAGUGUGACCAAGCAUGUGUCUAAAAUGAUUGCUUAUCAAAAGUCAUAUGAGAAGCAAACUCCAUGUGGAGGAUGGAUUCCUUGGAGAGUUUGUACCAAAACUUAUUACAAAGAAGAGUAUCACGCGAUCACAGUCCCAGAGCCUAUGAACGUGACAGACUGCUGUGAAGGAUAUGAACAAGUUGGUCUCUAUUGCUCUUUACCCCUAAACAGAUCCAGUGAAUUUGCCUCAACAUUUGGAGCCUGCCCAGAGAAAGUAGAAGAGUUAAAUGCUUCCUGUACUAUUGAUAAGGAUUGUCCAGAACGUCAAAAAUGCUGUAAGACAUCUAAAGGAAUGGGUUGUUCAGACCCUGUCCCUGAAGCCCUAAACAGAUCCAGUGAAUUUGCCUCAACAUUUGGAGCCUGCCCAGAGAAAGUAGAAGAGUUAAAUGCUUCCUGUACUAUUGAUAAGGAUUGUCCAGAACGUCAAAAAUGCUGUAAGACAUCUAAAGGAAUGGGUUGUUCAGACCCUGUCCCUGAAGAGCAAACAGUGGCAACAUAUUGGUAUAAUGUGUCAGUCCUGGUGAAAAUGGAUUUCAAAGAAUUAAUCAGAGUGGAUCCAAGACUUCUGGAACAUUCACGCCUUUUGCACUCUAUGAUCACUGGAGCUUUGUGGCCCUUAAAUGUCUCCGUGUACCACAUCCAAACUACUCAAGCAGAACGCUAUGCUGAGACAUUAACAUCUCAGGCUCUGAUUGGCCUGCAACAGCCUAUUCCAUUGGUGAACCUAUCAUAUUUGUUGAAGGACAUUGUGAUGCGAGUGUAUGAAGUUAUUGACAUAGAUGUACAAGGCUUAGAUUCACCAGAUAUUCUGUUCAAAACUAGCAAUACUUCUGCUUUAAUUACAAAUUCAACAAGUGUGUCACAAAAAACUGGCAGAUCAAUAGAUUCCAAAUGCUAUCCUUCUGCCAUUAUGGAACACAAGAUCUUCGGUGUUACUAGCAGCAGUUUUGAAGUAUCUUGGAGCGUAGAGCCUUUGCUGAACCAUACAUUCCAAAUAGAGGUGUACAAAGGCAAAGAGUUGAUUCAAGAAAUGGAAACCACCAAUAUGACACUGGAUGUGUUUGGACUGCAAGCAGGCACAAUCUACACUGUGAAUAUCAGCUAUGAAGCUUGUGGCAAAACCAUUGCAUCACAUAGAAGAUUGAAGACUGAUGCCUUGUUAUUUGGUGUUACAAUAAGGAUCCUGAACUAUAACUUCACAGAGCAGUUCUUAAACACUAGCACCAAAGAAUAUCAGAGAUUCUUCAGCAUUUUUAUGACAGAGAUUGAAAAAUCAUUUCCUUCAAAUCUGCUUGCAUUGUACAAGAUGGGGAAACUGAAAGUGCAAAUGGACUCUAUUAAAGCUGGAAGUGUUAUUGUGAAGCUUAAAAUGAUAAUAGAAGACCCACAGUUUCCAAAAGACUUGUCUGCGUUUGACCAGAUGAUUUCAUCAGUGCACAAAAGUUCAGUGCUUCAGGUUGACCCACAGAGCUCCAUCGUGGAAGACUGGGAUGAAUGUGCUCAUAGGACAGAAAAUGACUGCUGUGUUUUUGCAGAAUGUAUCAAUACAAUAGGCUCGUAUGUGUGCAGAUGCAGGACAACCACAGAUGCCAAUCCCACCCGACCUGGGAGGAACUGUGAAGGUGAAAUCGUAGAUCCUGUUUCAGAAAGGAUACCUAUAUUUGAAUCUGAAGGACUGCCUGUGACAAGUGUCAGUUCUCUAUAUGAAGCAGAAAUAAGGACGUUGACUUCUAAGCACAAUAAGGCAACUGCUUUACCUCUUGUACUGCGAUCAAGUGGCGCUCAAGAGUCAAACACCUCUACAACAGACAAAAUGGUACCAGCAUCACAGAAUGUCAACGCUUCUGAGUCUGACAGAAGUAAUAGCACUCUGAGCAUCUCUGAAACACCACCUCAGGUAACAGAGAAGUGGGCGAGCAUAACUACACCAAGUGAAAACUUAGCUGAACAGAGAUCAACUACUCAAGACCAGCAUGGCUCUUCUUUGUCAAUAUUGCCCGCAGAAUCAAAUAUCACAGUUUAUGCUCAAGGCAAUGAGUCAUUAGGAGAGACAAGCACAUCUGGUCUCUUACCUGAAGGAAAUACUUGGAAAAUUCCAACUUCAGCCCGGUAUGUUACAGAACACCCUACACUUCUGAAUCAUACAAUUGAGAAGAAAAUGGGAACAGGCAACAGCUCUUCAUCAGAGAAAAAAUCACGUUCAUUGUUGCCAGCUUCUUCCGAGGAGCCGUCACCAUCUUCUACCACAAUUGGCUCCCCAGCCACAAACUGUAGUGGAUUUCUUGCUAUGUCUUCCCAUGUGGAAGGCUCAGGGCCUCUUCCAGUUGAAAGGACUGUUUUUUCCAAUGUCACCAGUACUGGCUUUCACGUUGUCUGGUCUACAAACUAUACACAGAAUCCUGAUUUCCAGUUUCUGCUGCUUGAUGGAGAAAAGCUUAUACAGAAGGUUAGGACCCGGAGCAGCAACCUGACUGUUUCUGGACUGGAACUGGGGGUCCUGUAUACUGUUAAAAUAGAGACAGAGGUUUGUGAAAAGAACAGUAAACCAGCACAGUGGAAAAUAAAGACAGCUGCCCAGAAAUUUAGUGGAACAGUCAGGAUAACAAAUCUGAACUAUAGUUCAGGGUUCAGCAAUUCAAGUAGUGAAGAGUACCGAAAUUUUACACAUCUGUUUCUCACUGAGGUUCACACCCAUCUGCCCCUUUAUAUUCUUCAACAAAUGGACGCUGGGGCAAUUAAACUGUUGAUAACAAGUGUUUCUAAUGGAAGCAUAGUUGUGCAUUUUGAUCUCCUGGUAGCAACAAACAUGGAUGCAAGCAAUGUUUCUAGAUCUUUUCUUGAUGCUUUUCAACACAGCCACUGUUUCAUAAUUGACAACAGCAGUCUCUCCAUACAUGAUUAUGAUGAGUGUGACAGUGAAGAAACGGAUUGUUCUCCUAAUGCAUCUUGCAGUAACACUUAUGGAUCUUAUGAAUGCAGCUGCAAAGAAGGAUUUUCCAAUAAAAUGAGCAAUACGUUUUUUUCUAUCUGUGCUGCUGCAGAUAUUCACAGAAAACACCAGAACAGCAUGGUUGUGCCCUCGAUAUAUUCAAAUACUUCUACCAAUAUGCCUGCAUUGGACAAAGAGGAUUCUUCCAGAACCUUAGCAAAUACAACUUCUGGCACAGCAGUUACUAAAGUACCUACACAACCAAGACUGAGUGACCAUAGUUCUGCCCAAGUCUCUUCCUUGCCUGUCACUAAAUCAGUCCAGAAGCUUUCCAUUAAGAAUGCAGUUCGAGUGGUAUGUGAGAUUGAAAAAGUUGUCAUCACUAUUCAGAAGCUCUUUCUGCAGCAGGAGGCUAUUCCAGAAUCCUCUUUGUACCUAGGAGAGCCGCACUGCAAUGUAAGCAUCAGCAAUUCCAGUCAUGUCAUCCUUCGGACUGGAUGGAAUGAAUGUGGAACUGAAGUGCACACUAAUACAACGCAUACCAUAGUGAAAACGGUUCUUCGGAAUGAUAUGUCUUCCCUGGGGGUCAUCCAUCACUUAAAGGUUGUUGGUCCAGUUCAUUGUAUAUUUCAGAAUGAUCUCUUGACUUCAUCUGGAUACACUCCGGAGGGGGUUUACACCAUUUUUGAAGAUUUACAUGGAUCAGGACACUUCUUAACAGAGAUGCAGCUCUUCAUUGGAAAUUCUCUAAUUCCCAAAAACUUCAGCAUCUCUGCUAGCGAUGACAUAAUGAUUGAAGUGGGAAUUCGGAAAGAGGACAGCAAGCUCAAGGUGGUUGUCAGUGAAUGUUGGGCAACUCCAAGUAAUAACUCAAUGGAUCUUAUAUCGUUUCCUUUUAUCCAUGGCAGUUGUCCAGUUCCAAACACACAUACUGCUAUUACUGCAAAUGGGAUCUCCAGCAAAGCCCAAUUUAAGCUGAAAAUCUUUUCCUUUGUGAACAACUCUGUGGUUUACUUACACUGCAAAAUCCAUAUUUGUGUGGAAAAUCUGGGAAGCACUUGCAAGACGAACUGCAAAGGUGUCCGUUCUUGGAGGACUGGGGAAACUAUUGCAACGCCCCAUACAUCCUGGGGGCCUCUGCGGAAAGCCAGUGAUGAUUUAAAUGAAGAAAAGAAGCCUGGUUUAGGAGUAGGCUAUAUUGUCCUUAUUGUCAUUGGUGUAUUUGUUCUUGCACUGGGAAUAGUCGCUCUUUUGGCUUUCCGAUACCAACGAAAGGCUGGAGAAUAUAACUUCCAAAUCAAGUCUGACAAUUUUAGCUACCAAGUGUUCUACGAGUGA